CCUGCUGCGCUCUGCUUUUGUUGUUUGAAAAAGGUCUAUGUACGAAAAAAAACUACUUCUGUUAAAUAUUAGUAAGACUGUAGAGUGAAUUUUGAUCACUGAAGUUGACUGAAGAUGUAUUGUCUGCCUGGUGUGUUACGUCUGGUAAAUAGCUAGUUGCUGUGGAAACUGCCUGAAAAAGUAGAGGGUCACUGGUACCACAUAAAUUCUUUAAACAAAACCUGAUCAUAGCAAAUUCGAACAUUAGUCUUCGAAAAAGGAUAAAAGAGGAGGAAGAGAUUCAGACAGCUUUUUCCUUUUGUAAACUUGCUGCUUUAUAGGGGAAAAAUAGCUAGAAAUAGUACGUCUCACAGAAAAUGAAAAGGUUGUGGAGGCACUGCGUUAGUGAAACAUCUGUACGAAUGUGAAAGAGAAAGUUCUCCAGCUUCAGCCAUUAUGGGUUUGUUUGGGUAGGUCUAAUUUUGGAAAUCAUUAUAGCAAAGGUAAAUGACUUGCACAGGAGACUACUGUAAACAAAAGACUCGAUGCAUUUACUUUGGCAGGAGUCUUGAGGAGACUCGUUCCUUUCACUGCCUCUUUUACACAGCCUCCUGUAAGGCUGUCACUGACGGCCUCUGUGUGCAGGCGGUUCUCAUUUCCCUUCCUCCCUCUCUGACAGCUUCUUUCCCUGACAGGUAGGAUUUAAGGGUGGCAGCACCUGCUGCCAAAGUCCUGCUGGGUAGCUGUGUAAUGCCUUUGUUUUUGUAGUAGCUGUCCCUUGACUUCUCAAGCCACUGCCUUUUGCUCCAGUAAGAAUCUCCUCAUUCUCUCCUAGCCUGGUCCUGAAGUACCAUCUGUUACAAAUCCUUUGCUUUUUAGUUGUGGCUCCUCUUCGGUUGCUUUCUGUGUUUUGGUUUGUUUGUUUUGUUUUUAUCAUUUCAUAGCUUUAUACUUACAGAUUGUAGGCACACUGAUGCUUAGCUGAGUUUUCUUGUUUUUCGGUGAGGAGUAAACCAUGGGAGUGAUAAUUCCCCUUCUAGGUCUUGGCCCAUUCCACACCUACUUACUCACUCUCGUGUGGGUGGGGAAGCAGCUCUUGUGAUGACAGGAGUGGCCAUGCAGAGCCUGCAUUUUCUCUUUUACAAAGCUCCUUAAGAACACAGGCAUGUAGCAGAGCUUUCAGGGAUUUCUAAAGCUGGGAGGAUGAAGUAGAGGGGCAGAGUCAGUAUUCUGUCUGCUGUACUCGCUUGCUGGCACCUCCCUGCUGCACUCCCUGACCUGGGUGACUUAGGAGACUCCUCCUCAUACUCCUUGUAAUGGGUGACUUCUACGUGCCAUCACUUCCCAGGUGGUCAGGAAGUGUUGCUUUCAGUCGAGAAAUUGCUCAGCUCUACGUAAAACAGGCUGGCCAAACUCUACCUUUAAUUUAUUUAUUAAAAUACAAGAUUAUUACGCUGUAUCUUCAACUCACAGGAACCCAUCCCUGGACACGUCCUCACCCACUUGAUGCCCAUGGGGGAUAGCAGUGCUGCUGGUCACUUUGAUCUAUUGCUGGUGCCAAAGGAAUCGAUAGGGUCAUUUGCUGCUGCUGCCCUUAGAAGCAGCAGAUUCUCUUUAUCUCUGGAAUUGCUCCCUUAGUGCUCAUUAACUAGGAAUACAAUAAUUGAGAACCUGGUAGGAAAAGAUUUUGUUUUAGUUGCUCUGAUCUCUAAAAUGGAGCUUAACCACAUAGUAAUAACACAUUAAAAUAUUUGACCAGUAUGACUGAUGCAAACAAGCUGCCAGUGGAAUGGAGUGCCUGGAAAGAGGUUUUAUAUCAGAUUGCUUUCAUCUCAUGCUGUAUAUACAAGGUAUCUGUCUGCUUUCAGGUCAUGUAACUGGUUCUGAAGAAAAAGAUGUGGUUUUAGCUGCAUGAACUCUUUUGAACUUCCUUCCACCUGCAGGGUCUUUGAAUGUCAGGUGAAGCACACAACUUGGAUUAUUUUCUGAUGUCUUAAGAAACCAAAAGACAACACACAACUUUUCUUAAAGAGAAACAUCCUGCUCUCAAAACCUAUUGGGGGGAGAAAUCACAAAAGAUACACCUCUUGUAACAGCUAGCACAAUUGUUUGCAUUUAUACUAAGAAUUAAUAAAAUGUAGACUUCUUUUUGGUGAGAUGUUAGGAUAUUAUCUCUUCCUCCUGUAUAAGUUAGCGGAGAGCUGGAAGUGAUGACUUUGGGUUACUGUGCGUGAUAAUUGAAUAUAAACCCAAAGCCAAGUCAAAGUUUUGGCCAUACAUAUUUGUUUUAAAUUUCCAGUAUGAGAUUCAGCCUGAUGUUUCAGAGACAGAGGUGUGGCCGUUGACAGAACAGAAACUCUUGGCACAGCGAGCACGGAGCAGUUUGCAUGCUGUCUGAUCGCAGUACCCCAUGCAUGGCUUCAGUCAGGGCGUGGGCGCCUUCCCUAGUGAAGAACCAACAUUGCCUGCAGCAAAGCCAAAGGAAACCACGUCUUGUCUCCUGGAGAGUCUGUUGGAAAAGGUCUAACGCCAGAAGCUGCAAAAGAUCUUGGUCUUCCUGAAGGGAUUGCAGUAGCAGCAUCUCUCAUUGAUGCGCAUGCUGGAGGACUAGGAGUAAUUGGAGCAGAUGUGAAAGGACAUAACCUGCCAUGUGAAAACCAGCCAAUUACAUCACGAGUUGCUAUGAUCUGUGGAACAUCUUCAUGCCACAUGGGGGUCAGUGAAACACCCAUUUUUGUGCCUGGUGUUUGGGGACCUUAUUUCUCUGCUAUGGUACCUGGAUUGUGGUUGAAUGAAGGAGGUCAGAGUGCUACAGGAAAACUGAUAGAGCAUGUGGUCCGAGGCCAUGUUGCCUUCCUGGAAUUACAAUCAAAAGCCGCAGCCAGAGCUCAAAGUAUAUAUACAUACUUGAACAGUCACCUGGAUCUGAUUAAGAAAUCCUUGCCUGUGGGUUUCCUCACUGUUGAUUUACAUGUUUGGCCAGAUUUCCAUGGUAACAGAUCUCCCUUAACAGAUCUGACACUAAAGGGCAUGGUUGUUGGACUAACAUUGUCUCGGGGUCUGGAUGAACUUGCCCUUAUCUACUUGGCCACGAUUCAAGCCAUUGCUUUAGGAACAAGACACAUUUUGGAAACUAUGCAGGCUGCAGGGCAUCAUCUCAACACCCUAUUUCUCUGUGGUGGGCUGAGCAAGAACCCUCUCUUCGUGCAGAUGCACGCUGACAUUACUGGCAAGCCUGUUGUCCUGUCCAAAGAAGUGGAGUCUGUUUUGGUGGGUGCUGCUAUUCUUGGAGCUUGUGCUUCUGGGGAUUUUGCAUCUAUACAGGAGGCCAUGGCGAAAAUGGGAAAAAUCGGGCGAGUCGUGCAGCCUAACCAUGAGCACAAAAGGUUUUAUGACAAGAAAUACGAAGUAUUUCUGAAACUUGUGGAACACCAGAGAGAGUAUCGCGCCAUCAUGAAAGGCUUCUAGUCCAGAACCAUAUAAUCUGGGAACAGCAGGGAUACAAUUUCAGGGUAAUUUCUUUUCACUGUACUGUCCAUGGUAAAAACGUGUUUUUGUCAUCUAAAUUGUAUAUUUUCAUUAUUAAUGAAAAAUAAAAUGCAUACACUGUGAA